UUGCAGUCUCAGCCCUGGUGGAAGAUCCAGCUCUUUGUGUGGGAACCGGUUCUCUUUGGGACGUGGGACGGCGUCUUCACUUCCUGCAUGAUCAAUAUUUUUGGGGUGGUUUUAUUUCUCCGCACCGGCUGGCUGGUGGGGAACACCGGCAUCCUUCUCGGCAUCUUCCUGGUGUCUUUCGUCAUCCUGGUGGCGCUGGUGACGGUGUUGUCGGGGAUCGGCGUGUGUGAGCGGUGCAGCAUAGGCAGUGGCGGUGUAUAUUCCAUGAUCUCCACCGUCCUCGGGGGGAAGGUCGGGGGGACGGUGGGGCUGCUCUACAUAUUCGGACAGUGUGUUGCAGGCGCCAUGUACAUCACGGGAUUCGCCGAGUCCAUCUCGGACCUCCUCCGCCUGCAGAGCACCUGGGCGGUCCGGGGAAUCUCGCUGGCGGUGCUGCUCGGACUGCUCGGCAUCAACCUGGCCGGAGUGAAGUGGAUCAUUCGGCUGCAGCUGCUGCUCCUAUUCCUAUUGGCCGUCUCCACUCUGGACUUCGUGAUUGGCUCCUUCACCCACCUGGAUCCAGGUCACGGAUUUGUCGGAUACUCGGAGGACUUGCUGAGGAAUAAUACAUUUCCCGAUUACUCCGCCGGAGAAACUUUCUUCACCGUCUUUGGAGUAUUUUUUCCAGCUGCGACAGGUGUCAUGGCCGGCUUCAACAUGAGCGGAGAUCUGCGCAGACCGUCUGUCAAUAUCCCGAUCGGCUCGCUGGCCGCCAUCGCCAUCUCAUGGUUCCUCUACAUCGUCUUCGUCUUCUUGCUGGGCGCCACCUGCGCUCGAGAGUUCCUGCGCUAUGAAUUCAUGAUCGCUGAGAAGGUUUCCCUGGUUGGCUUCCUCUUCCUGCUCGGCCUCUACAUCUCCUCGCUGGCCUCCUGCAUGGGCGGCCUGUAUGGCGCUCCCAGAAUCCUCCAGUGCAUUGCGCAGGAGAAGGUCAUCCCCAUCCUCUCCUUCCUGGCACACGGGAGAGGACCUAACAAGACCCCAGUGGCAGCCAUCUUUCUGACUGGCCUCAUCACGAUGGCCUUCGUCUUCAUUGGCCAAGUCAACAUCUUGGCACCAAUUGUUACCAUCAAUUUCAUGCUGACCUACAGCGUGGUGGAUUACUCCUACUUCUCGGUGACCAUGAGCUACAAUCUCCAGCGCUGCUACAGGAAGGUCAAUCAAGCCACUUCCAAGACCCCCAGCGCCUCCCGACCUCUGAUCCUUGACAAGUCCACCAAUUACGGGUCAAAUGGGACCUUGCUGGAGUUCACACGGGACAUGGACCAGCUCUUCAAGGAGGGGCAUACCCAGACCACCGACCACACAAAGACUCCAGAUAAGAAGAGGUUCAUGAACCUUAAGAAUCCCAGGAAACCGGCCAAGCAGACCUUGCAAGACAGUUUCCAACUGGACUUAAAGCAGAACCCUGAGGGCCCAACUGCUGACAGGACAGUUGAUGAUCAGGAGAACAGGACGGUGGACACAACGGCAGAUGACCCAGAUUAUGGGGGUAUAGACAAUGCAGCUAAAGAGUGCGGGAGCACACCUGACCGGGUCCAGGGGGACAGGAGCACACCUGACCGGGUCCAGGGGGACAGGAGCACACCUGACCGGGUCCAGGGGGACAGGAGCACACCUGACCAGGUCCAGGAGGACAGGAGCACACCUGACCGGGUCCAGGAGGACAGGAGCACACCUGACCGGGUCCAGGAAGGCAAGGCAGACCAUGCAGCUAGUGAAGACGCAUUGGACAACCAGGAAGAAGCUCCGCAAUGUAUGUGUGAUGAGGAGGAGUAUGUAGAGGGGACCGGAGAUCAGGAGCAGCUCUUCACAGAGGUCCAUCAGCCAGGAGCCGAGGAGAGAGAUGGAGCCGGUAAUGUCCUCAUCAUUCGGAAUCUGCAGUACUCCAGUGUUUUCCAGGUGCAGGAAGAGACUGGUCACCAAUCCCGGCCCGAAGCAGAAGGUCCCCGAGGUCGAGAUCCAGAGUCUGUCCGCGUCCUUCUACAGCAAGCUGUGCAACCACUGGCUGUCCUUCAUCGGGGUGAGUCCAGUCUAGACCGGGUCCAGGGGGACAGGAGCACACCUGACCGGGUCCAGGGGGACAGGAGCACACCUGACCAGGUCCAGGAGGACAGGAGCACACCUGACCGGGUCCAGGAGGACAGGAGCACACCUGACCGGGUCCAGGAAGGCAAGGCAGACCAUGCAGCUAGUGAAGACGCAUUGGACAACCAGGAAGAAGCUCCGCAAUGUAUGUGUGAUGAGGAGGAGUAUGUAGAGGGGACCGGAGAUCAGGAGCAGCUCUUCACAGAGGUCCAUCAGCCAGGAGCCGAGGAGAGAGAUGAUCCCGGCCCGAAGCAGAAGGUCCCCGAGGUCGAGAUCCAGAGUCUGUCCGCGUCCUUCUACAGCAAGCUGUGCAACCACUGGCUGUCCUUCAUCGGGGCCAUCCUCACCGUGGUCAUCAUGUUCAUCAUUCAGUGGAUCUACGCCUUGGUGAAUAUCGGGGUGGCCAUCGUUAUCUACUUCUACAUCGGCCGGGUGAGCCCGGGUCUCAACCCAGGGGCGGCUGCAAAUUUCAGCUUCUUCGUCUGGGUGAGACAACAGGCCGCCACCGCCUGCAGGUACCGCUAUGUGGUGACCCCGACGUUUGGCUCUGUGGGUAUGGAGACCACGCAGCUGACGGAGGAGAACGAGGACUUUGCCUCUCGCGGCCGCUUCCACCACUCGUCGGUGAUCAGCAGAGGGCACUUCAUAAACCAGUUCAACUAGUCCCGGGGGUCAG